AUGAAACUCAAGACUGUGGAUUCUCAGUGCUCAACAGUCGCGGGAAGUUUGGAAAAAGACGAAGAACCUACUACGGAUUGGAUUUCAUGUAUUGUAGCGAGUGUCAUCGCUCUCUUUGCUGCAAUUCAGAACACUAUUUAUUUCUCAUCAUUAUGGCCUUAUCUCACGCAGUUAGAUCCAAAAGCAUCGGAGGCCUUCUUUGGAUGGAUUACUGCAGUGUACAGUCUUGCUCAAGCAGUGAUGUGUGUGGGCUUUGGUUAUCUGCAAAACCGAAUGGGACAAAGCAGAAUACCAAUAAUAAUAGGACUCUCUAUAAUGUUCCUUGGAAACGUUAUAUAUCUAUUCUGUGGUAUUUCCUCUUUAUCUCCAAAGUGGGUUAUGUUUGUUUCACGAUUCGUAACUGGGCUUGGAGCUGGUGUGGUUACGGUACUUCGCACGCACGCCGUGUCCGCAAGCACAGUUCAUGAUCGCUCGCGCGCAAUUUCGCUGAAUUCAGGAUCUUUCGCUCUGGGGCUCACAAUAGGACCAGGAAUACAGAUCAUUUUUUCACCUCUUGGCUACCCCGGACACAAAAUUGCUGGCAGUCUUUUUCUGGACAUGUAUACCGCACCAGCUUUUAUGGGUAUCCUUGCAAAUCUGAUCUGUGCAUGCCUGGUGGUGUUUUUAUUUCGCGAAUCAAAUAUAGGAUUACAAAAGGCAGUCUUUACAGAGAAUGAAGAGCACCAGAGAUUCUACGCUCUACCACGAUAUGAUACUAUCGCUGUCAUGAUUUGCAUAUUUACGCGAUUUGCACAAAUGUUCGUCAUCACUAACCUUGAAACACUUGGAGCACCACUGGCAAUGACAAUGUUCAGUUGGAACAAACAAGAAACAGUUCAGUAUAUGUCGCUCAUGCACGGUGGAUUCGGCUUCGUAGGAUUUAUUAUGUAUGCUAUCAGUGUUUUUUACGACUUUGGAAAAGUGCUAGAUCAUCGUAUCGGAGUCUCCGUUGGGUUGUUUGCCUUGGUGGUGUUUCAUAUGUUAACAUUCCCAUGGUGGGGACUUCCUGGAUCAACACCUUAUCAGCAAGAAUAUAUCGAAAUCAAUGGAACAAUGAUUCGCGAUCCAGAUCCUGUUGGGUGUAAGACCUCAUUUGACUGGUGUGCGUAUACUCCACCUAUCAAUCCUAUACUUUUCGUAGUCGCUUACGUUUUCAUCGUAGGACCGGCCUUCUCACUGAUCAAUGUCAGUAUGAACACGAUAUUCUCUACGAUACUUGGACCAAGGAGUCAGGGCACCAUGCAAGGAGUUCUCUUGCUGAGCGGUAGCAUUGCGCGAAUGCUUGGUCCCAUUUUUGUGGCAAACCUCUUCACUUCACACGGUCCAAGACCAGCCUGGGGAAUCGAAAUAAUCCUGAGCGGGAUCGGUGCCUUACUCUGGCUGAUCUUUUAUAAACGAAUCACACCUCUCAAGCUUCCAGACACAUUAAAUGCGGGUGAUGUGUUCAAAAGCAAAUAUGGGACCCCGUUCUCAAGCCACAACAGUGGCGAUCAGGAUCAAGCAAAGAAGACCGGCUCAUCGAUCAAAGAAGAGGAAGCUCUCCACAGUAAGGCGACAAGAAUCCUUCCACAAGUCAAGGACAAGGAGGAACUCUACGCCACAGAAAGGAUCACCGUCAAGGACUGUCAGGAUCAAGGACAAGGAAGAGCCGCAAAUACGCCACCAGAGCUUCUUCAGAUAAUUUAUUACUUCCAGUAG